AUGGGGAAGCGUCGCAGAAAUCGCGACGAAGGCGGAGGAAUUGCCAUUGCUGCCUCCGAUGACAAUGCAUCCGGAGAUGUCCCCGGAACGACCUCCCAACCCCACGAAUCGACAGCCGAAACCGAAAGAGGGAAUAGCGAAACCAGCUCGCGGGAGAGCUCCUCGCUCACUCAAAGCAGUGGCAGCUUAAAGAGAAGCGCCCCUGACGAUAAUGACGAAGGAUGGACCAAAGUCGAGCGAUCCAGUAAGAAGCGCAAGAAGGUCCCUAGGGAGGGCUCCAACAACUAUCCCGCCAUUACCUUUUCUACGAGUGCAAAGCUUUUUGCCAAGAUCAACCUCGCUAUGCUUCGUGAUCUUGUCUUGUACAUUUUCGCCGAUGGAACAGGUCCGAACUGGAUUUCCGUUUCUCACCGACCGAACAUCAGAAAAAUUGUUGUAUUGAUGGUGCCUGGAUUGGAGGAAGCCAUGUUCAAGGAAGGCGUGAACUUGGGCGAUUAUACAUCUGGCCCAGCGAAGAACCAGGAUCGGACGGAAACGACACCAGACGAUUACUAUCCGCGAACUCUUUCUGCAGACCGGCUGCCGCUUGCGCUUCAGGGAUUUGCUAAGAUGUUCCCUCACUUGUGGCCUGUCAAGGCGCCUGGUGACGACAAGUACAUGAAACUCCACUCGCCCAUGGGAACAUUUUUGACGGCACCGAUGCCUAAGAACAAGGACGACAGGAAGGGCCCUAAACCGGCAAGAGAGCCCUCGGGAUGGAAGAAUGAGAGAACCCGUAUUACCGAAUUCUUGGCAUCGCUUGAGGAGCUCGAAACAGCUGGCCAUCUUAUCCACCCAGCGCUCAUCGAGAACGCGGAGAAGAGAGCGGCUUUCAGAGUUCCCGACGGAUGGGCAAUUUCCAAAGUUGACAAGAUCGAAGACGGUGAAGUGCCCGAAGCGGAGAUAGAAAAGGGCAGCGUCACUGCCGGCCGAGAAUGUCUCGCCUUGGAUUGCGAGAUGUGCAUGACAGGUGAGAGCGAAUACUCUCUUACCCGUAUCAGUAUCAUCUCUUGGUCGGGAGAUCUCAUCAUGGACGAACUGGUGAAGCCAGAAAAGCCCAUAACCGACUACGUCACCCGAUUUUCCGGCAUUACACAGGAGAUGCUGGAGCCAGUUACGACAACAUUGAAGGAUAUCCAGCAAAAGCUGGUUGAACUUAUCACUCCACGAACUAUCCUCAUCGGGCACUCGCUCGAAUCUGAUUUGAAGGCUCUGCGAUUCUCACAUCCCUUCAUUGUCGAUACCUCCCUAAUCUACCCCCACCCUAGGGGUCCACCUCUGAAGGCGUCACUAAAGUGGCUAACUCAGAAGUAUGUCAAUCGCGAAAUCCAGAAGGGUGGUGCCAAUGGUCAUAAUCCUAUUGAAGACUCCCGUGCCUGCCUCGAUCUUGUCAGACAAAAGUGCGAGAAGGGCAAGUUGUGGGGCGCAUCUGAUUCCCAGGGUGAGAACUUAUUCCGACGGCUAUCAAGAGUGGGAACUGCGUACAAGGCACAAGGCGGAGAGGCAGGCGGUUUGGUUACGGGGAAGACAAGCGCUGCUGUGGACUGGGGUGAACCGUCCAAGGGACCUGGCGCUGGAGCAACUUACCAAAUAGGCUGCAAGUCCGACGCGGACGUUGUCAACGGUGUCAUCCGUGCCGUGAAGGGAGAUCCGGAUGGACUGGAAAUUCCCGGUGGUGGCGUCGACUUUGUUUGGGGUCGCAUGCGAGAGCUCGAGGCGCUGCAAGGAUGGUGGAACAAGAACCGAGUUGAAAGCGCCAACAGUGAUGGCGGGCCUCCUGACUUUGACAAGUCCCAAUUUGAGGGAAAACUCGGCAGAUCGCCCCUUGAGCAGUGCUUGGCCCGUCUGUCAGUCUCUCUGCAAGCCAUUCACGACAGCCUUCCGCCCUGCACGGCAUUCAUUGUGUAUUCAGGAUCUGGGGAUCCUCGCGAGAUGAGCAAGCUCCAGGCCAUCCACACGCAGUGGAAGCGGGAGUAUAAUACACCUGGAAAGAAGUGGGAUCAACUGUCAGUCAAAUGGACGGACGAGGAGGAGCAGGCUCUUCGACGGGCUGUCAUCAAGGCUCGCCAGAGUAUCGGCUUCAUUGGCAUGAAAUAA